CUUUGGAUUGCUGAUAUGGCUCACUGCGUGAACCAGUUGAGACUACUGUAAUUAUAAAAAGCACCGACACGGUUGAUGCGGUGAGCACUUUUAAUCUAGAGUUGAAGAAGAUCAUCUUUGGGGCAGCUCAAACAAAAUAUGAGGAUAGCAUUUGUGGCAGCAUUUGCCUGCCUUGCUUUGGCAUGCGUUUGCGAUGCUUUUCCAGCGCCAAACUGCAAAGAGCGAGAACUUUUAAGACACGGAAAUGGCGGUAACGGCGGAGGAGGUGGAGGCGGCGGCGGAGGAAGCAAUGGAGGCAGUGGAGGUGGAAAUGGAGGCAAUGGAGGCGGCGGCGGAGGUGGAAAUGGAGGCAAUGGCGGCGGCGGCGGAGGUGGAAAUGGAGGCAAUGGGGGCGGUGGAGGUGAAAACGGAGGCAAUGGAGGCGGCAACGGAGGAAACGGAGGUGGCAAUGGUGGUCAUGGAGGCGGCAAUGGUAGUGAAUAUCCAGACGUACCAACCAUUGAUCUUCCAAAAGCUCCUGAAAGAUUUAAUCCAAAAUUAGAAAGAAUCUGUUGAGCUAUCAAAACACUUGUUUCUUACAUGAACUUGUUUUGCCUCAAUAAAAUAUAUUUUUAUUUAAAUUUUAA